UUCUCAUUGGCGUUGCGUUAAUUUCAAGCAUUAUUUGGGUGUUCGGUGCAGAUCCCAUUUCCCAGGAACACUUUAUUUGUUCGGUCAGUUACAUAACUGACAAUACAUACUGUAUUACAGCACAGUGAAUAUAUUGGUGUCUCUAAAGUACAUCGGCGCAAACCGAAACGACCUUCGAACAAAAAGUGACCUUGAGGAAGUAAUCAGCUGACUGUAUCAUUUUCGUAAGUAAUCAUGUCAAUGCGGAGGAGUUAUGCAUAUACAAAAAUAGAAAGAAGCCAUUGAUGGCUUUGUAUACAGAUGUAUUGAGUGCCAAAGGAAGAAAUCGGUUCGAGAAGGUUUGUCGUUGUUUUGUUAGUUAACAGAUCCCUUAGGAACUUUUCUCUCAAGGUCUAAACUACCUUUGACGAAAAUUUUAAUGAUCUGUAACUUCUGGGUCCUGAAAAGAGCAGUCACAGCUACAGCUUAUGAAACAGAAAAUUCAGAGGUGUCAGAAGUGCAAUGGUACAACUACUGCAGAGAUGUUUCCUCCUGGAAAAUGAACACCCUGACUCAAGUUUUCGGAGGAGUCGGCAGCAUAGUCCAUAUCGAUGAGACUGUACUUAUAAAAAGGAAAUACAACCGUGGGAGAUUACAAGCAAACCAGUGGUGGAUACUGGGUAUCUACGACACGACACUGCGCAAAGGGUAUAUAGAAGCGAUUCCCAGUCGCAGUGCAGCAGUAUUAGUGCCUAUUAUUAAGCGUUUGGUGUUGCCGGGGACGACUAUUCAUACAAAUGAAUGGAGCGGAUACCGUCAAUUAUCGAAUCAUGGGUACAUUCAUCAUGUUGUUAAUCAUACGGACGGUUUCCGGAAUCCUUUAGAUGGAACCCACACCAGUUCCAUUGAAAGUUUUAGGAGUCGUCUAAAAAGACGUAUAAGAGCGGUUAAUGGAUCGAGAAAUACCAUGAUUUACAGUUACCUGGAUGAAUUUAUAUACCGAAACUGGUUUCAUACGACUAUGAAGACUCCCAUGAGAAACUGGGAGGUUUUUUGAGAUAUAUACGCGAGCGCCAUCCUUUGUAACUGUUUAUUAUGAUUGCAUUACUUUUAUAUAAACCGUUUUUUACAAUUAUGCGCCUUCCUUUUGAGUCUUCUCAUUGGCCGAAGUUGUCCCUGUCAAGGUCAUUUUUGCGUUAAAAGGUCGUUUCGGUUUGGGCCGCUAUUCUUUAGUGUCACCAUAUAUAUUUACUGAAUUCAGUGAAUUCUUUUGGCACCAAAGUCUAAGGAGAUGGCAAGAGUGUCGAAACUCAUCCAACGUUUUGUAGAGCGAAUCUUAUAUCAGUAUUAAAUAUUCAACAGUUAGGUUAAUCGUGAUGAGAACAAUAUAUUUGAUGCAGCAUAUAAGUAUCUAUGUAUAAUCUGUUGUUUUUCGAAAAUCGGAAGGCCGGUAUCAAAGAUCACACAAUGGCGUCAUCAAAUCCGCUGUUGUCUCUGGGUCCAUUUUCAAUGCUUCUGCUGGGAUUCCAUCUGGUCCUGGUGCUUUCGGUCUUUAUGUUGAAUGCAGAAGAUUUGCAAACUGAUUUCAGAGUAAUCGGUUACUCUCAUCACCUCCGGCCAUUGAGGGGUACUACUCGCUCUCAAUAGGCUGCUCUUCACAGUAUUCGUAACUUGCUGUCAAACUAUCACGAUAAAACCCUCUCCAUUAACCCACUUAAUUGAGAUGGAGGGCUCAUGUAGUGAAUCAGUUAAGGUAUAAUCACAUAUUCAUUGAUACAAUAAAUAUGUACAUCAUUUCUUUGAGAUUGUGAAAAGUCUCGAAGUAAUUGAGCAUUGGGCUCAGUGUGUAAAUAGUGUAUUUGUCAUUAUAUGUACUUUAGAUGAGUGAAAUUCGCCUAUUGAAUCGUCAGUUCAGUUCUAUUAUCUCAUUGCGAACUUUCCUAAGUGCUCUGCUAUACAAGAGCGUUGCAUUGUAGUGAGGGAUCCUUCCAAAGCCAUCUGCAACACCGGCGAAAUACCUUGCCAAGUGGAUCUGUAACACAUAGACUAUUCAAUUCCCAGUCUAAAUGUAUGACGCAUAGAUUCAUUUCGUCUCACCUUUGUAGUGAAAGACCGACCAGCAUAAGAUGUGCAGGUGAGGAUUGUAGCUUGACUACGUAAUGCACAAAACGGUAUAAUAUUGGGUAAAUAAUGAGCGAAAUGGGGAAGUGGUUAUCAUAAGAAACAUUUUAUCAUAUAACCAACAUUCGCUCAUUAUUCUACUAUUGGACAAGUCCAAAUAAUUCACGACUGUUGUCUCAAUGGGACGCGUAUUACGCACUGCAAGAUAUCUCGCAACUGGUUGAAUCCAUCACAAAAAUUUCUGGAAUAGAUGUAUUCUGUACAGUUAACUUGAAUUGUUCAAAGACCCUAACUAUGUCCCAUGACAACUCUCGUUUGAUAUAUCCUAAGGCAGGUCGAGCACGAAUCAAACUGGCUGUUAACACCGAAUGAAAUAGAUAAUACCUUCAUAUUUGGUGUCAACCAUCAUAUUCAAAACCUACCACCUCAUUAAUCGUCUUGCAUAUUGUGUUGAAUCAAUACAUGUGGAUUCCCAUUAUUUAUGAUACAGUUGCAAUUGUUAAUAUAACGCGAAGUAAAUUCCACUAGUUACCCCUGUAUUCAGUUCUCUGUCUCCCUCACAUUUCUGUCUUUUAUACUUCUUUCGAAUCUUUUAUCUUUUAUGUGCCUAGGCGUGCGUAACACAUGUCCUAACCAUCUCAGUCGGAAUAAAUUCACAACUUCAUCGAUUGAUUUCCUCACAUGUAUAUAUACAUAUAAGCAAAGGUUAACUUUGUCAUCUUAGCUCUCUGAGAAACUUUAACUAGUUUUGGCUACUGCUGAGUACGAUUCACUCUCAGAAGGUUACUUUUCACCGUGUUCGUGACUAACUACCAGUAAAAGUAUCAUGAUAAAAACACACUCCCUGCCCCCUCUCCACUUAAGUCAAAUAGGAGCCAUAUUUAACCUAUCGAUUAAAGUACAGAACUCAUCCUGUUUUUCCUCCGUUUUACAGUCAUUUGGGACUUAAGCGGAGAUCGUAUCUAGCAAUCUGACUUUCUCCCAACGGAUCCGUUCCGAUGGAAAGCACACAUACGACCAUCUACUAGAAUCCAGUCUAAUGGGGAUUUUUUCGCCCUAGUACUCUGUUAGUCCUCACAAACUAACCGGAGAAGGUCCUGAUAUCCGUAAGGUGAACUUAUCAGACUCAAUCUGUUGGUCAAGUGGAGUUAAGUCAAUGUCCAUACUUGGGUCUUGUAUCCGUGACUCUGAAACAUAACAUACAUCCAUGGCUCAAGAUACCAGAGUUCUGGCUAGUGAUGUCUGUUGUGCUAUUUAACAAAGGUUCCUGACGUUAAAUACUCCAAUAUGAAGUUGGCAGCGUGGUUUCAGGGGGCUAAGUAAACCAGAUAUCCGGUUCUUCUGACUC